GCUUGUAAGCCAAAAGGCCCAAAACAACAGCAAAUUCCAAGAAGAAAAGAAGUGACAUAAUUGUGAACUGAACUAUCUGCAGAAUUACACAAUGUCUUCACUCAUCACUACUUAUCUGAUGUAGUCAACAGUUGCUCUAUGGUCCAGAUCAACAGAGAGAUUGACAAAAAGAAGAUUAUAAUCUUAUAUUAAUACUUCAUUUACACUUGUUCUAUACCUAUAUGCAGAUCAUGCAAGAUCCAAUUUACAUCAAAUAACAGAUUAUCAAUAAGGUAUUUAUUUCAUUUGCUUACUAAAGAUAGUGGGUGCAUAAAAUUGCUGAGUCCACUUUCAGAAGCUAGCAGUGUGCACACGUAUUAUCUCUGUAUUAACCACUUUGUUAUGUUCAUUUUUCAGGCUUCUAUUUAAACCAAUCUUUUGAUAAUCAUGUGUUAUUCUUUAGCACAAAAACACUUGGUACAAAAAAUGGCCAAAAAUUUGUUGUUUGUCCUUUUAAGAACACUGAUCAUUCUAAUAUUUGCUGUCUGGAUUAUUAUUUGGUUUCUAAAACCCACUAAAUUCUGGACCAAAAAAUGGAGAACCGUGGAAGAUAGUAUGCAGAUAACAAUUUUGAAAUAUAAUGGUGCAGAUUUUGUGGUGUAUACUUUUCUCAUUAUUUUACUAGUUAUGGUUGGAUUAGUAUACUUGUAUUUGCAACCAAGGAUUUUAAUUAAGAGAAGAAUAAGAAGAUAUAUAACAGCUCUGUACAAUCCACUGAUAGUAAAAUCUCCUCUGGGUAUGUUAUCUGGGAUUGAUGUUCUUGUCAUUUCUCUGGUUUUAACACUUCUAGUUUGGACAUUCUAUGUUAGAAUCUCCAAUGAUUACAAGAAGUUGGUACCAGUAAAACAGCUGAAACUAGAAAUAUGGCAGCUUAAGUUUCUGAGGAUGUCAACGAGGUUCGGUCUAAUGGGAGAAAUUUGCCUGGCUUUUCUCCUCUUCCCUAUCUUAAGAGGAUUAUCAGUAUUUAGGUUGCUUGGAAUCCAGUUUGAGGCUUCUGUAAGGUAUCACAUUUGGCUUGGGACGAUGCUGAUAUUCUUUGCUAUUCUGCAUGGAGCAGGCACCCUUUUCAUCUGGGGAAUUAACCAACAAAUACUUAAUCAGAUAUGGAACUGGCAGAAAGAAGGCAGAAUAUACUUGGCUGGAGUAAUUGCUCUUGUUACCUUACUGGUUAUUUGGAUCUCCUCACUUCCUUUCGUAAGAAGAAGGAAGUUUGAUGUAUUCUUUUACAUGCAUCAUCUGUAUGUAGUCUUUCUCGUGUUCUUCUUGUUUCAUGCUGGUGAUCGCCACUUCUACAUGGUAUUCGCGGGAGUUUUUCUCUUUGUAAUAGACAAAUUGCUCCGGAUGAUCCAAUCACACCCCAAAACUCGGAUUCUUUCUGUCAGAAUCUUUCCUAGUAAGAUCAUAGAGCUAACCUUUCCAAAAGACCCAAGUCUGAGUUACACACCAACCAGCAUAAUAUUCAUAAAUAUACCGAUGAUUUCCAAAUUUCAUUGGCACCCAUUUAGCAUUACCUCGAGCUCAACUAUCAACGACCAAACGAUGUCAGUUAUGAUCAAAUGUGAAGGAUACUGGACAAAUAAUCUGUACAAUAUAUUGAGUAAAGAAUCUGAGUCAGACAGACAAACAAAGUGCACUCCUGUUGCAGUAGAAGGCCCUUAUGGACCAGCUUCAUUUGAAUUUAUCAGAUACGAUGAUUUGUUACUGAUAGCCGGUGGAAUUGGAAUAACCCCAAUAUUAAGCAUACUGCAAGAACUAGCAUCAGCAAAGGGUGAUCUCAGCCACAGAUCAUCCCCUUCAUGUAUACAGCUCAUAUAUGUUGCAAAAAAUUCUGAUGACAUUUCACUCUUGAAUCCAAUUUCUCAUAUGGUCUUAAAUCAAACCUCUGAGUUUUUCAAUCUAAAGCUGAAAGUUUUUGUGACCCAAGAAAAAAGGGGAAGUUCUAGCCUAAGAGAACUACUAAGUUCAACCUCGAUAAGACAGACAAUCCUUUCUGAUAUGAAAAACUUGAAUUAUUCCUUAGGAACCGGACAUGUCAAUCCGCUAUGGAUGAGUGCCAUUGUUGGUUUUUCCUCGCUUGUUUUCGUUCUAUCUCUUUGUUUCUUCAACCAGUUUCUCUUUGCACCGAAAAUGAAAUCAUCCAAGCCGAAAAGUCCUUCAUCAGUAGUCGACCUUUUUCUUUUGUGCUCAUUCUUGAUAGCUGUAGCAUGUAGUGCACUUGUUGCAAUAGCGUUGAGAUGGAGAAAUUCAAGGAGUGAGAUAGUAUCAACAAGUUGGGAUAAUCAAGAUGAAGUUAUGAAGAUAAGUGCCAUGGAAGGAGCAAGUACAACUACUCUUGAGGAACAUGAAAUCCAUUAUGGUGGGAGGCCGGUUUUUGAAGAAUUGCUACAUAAGAUGGAAAGCGAAUUCAGUGGAUCAAAUGUUGGUGUAGUGGUGUGUGGACCUGAGUCAAUGAAGGGAUCAGUGGCAUUAGCUUGCCAACAAACAUGCCGUCAACAUAAUAAGGCGGAUUCAAAGCGGCAGCAGCGGCCACCUUUCUUUGUCAUCCAUUCCCUCAAUUUCAGCCUUUAGUGUUAUACUGCUAUGUGAACUCCACACUGAAGUAAAAUUAUGCAUGAAAAUCUAAUUCAAGCAUAUGUUAUCCAUUAGAUGUCCAUGUUCUUUGCCAAAUUGAUAAGACAGUAGUUGGUAAUGGUCAUUUACUACUUACUAGAGUAGUACAUUAUUAGGCUGAUUUGUAUGAUUAAUAAUUGAUGUACUGGUCUAACUAAGCGUUGCUUCAGUUUUGUUUAUGACUGAAAGAAGCUUGUACUUAGUA